CGGAAGUGAAUCGUCUGUCAGGGUGUUUUCGUCCUGAAUGGACGUUAUUUGGCUGCUACAGUAACUUCAGCUCAACAGUGACAUGCCUCACUCCUCGACAGUGGGAACAGAAGCAACCCAGUUUCCUCCUGUUUACUGGGAAGGGCAAUAAGUGUGAGGGUGUUUCAACAGCCACAUGGACAAAGUCACCUCCUGGACUGAGCUGACAGCCAUUUUACAUGAUGACCACCUUUGGAGCAAGAGCAGUCCUCCUCCACCUGCGGUUCACCAUCCAGAGAGCAGGCUCCUUCACCAGGACCAGACUCGUCCACACGUCCAGGGCAUGUUUUGUCCAAAGAGGGCGGAUUCUAACCCAGAUACCCAAGGUCACACUGCUAUGUUGGGGUGCAGUGAAUGCAUCAUCCUGUGCAGCCACAUGCCAGGAAGCAAUUCUUCCACGUCAGACCGCUGACAAGAAGUCUAUAGCCAAAGUCCAAGUGCACAAACUUGUGUUUUUCCUUCGUCUCAGUCUCCGAGCAUUGGUGCUGCUCCUCAAAUUUGGGCCCCUGCUCCUCCUGUCCCCCUUUUGUCUGGUGUCCACUCGCUGGGCCUCCCUCUGGCUGGAUGCUCUGCUGUGGGUGACUGAAACAUCUGGUCCCACUUUCAUCAAGCUGGGCCAGUGGGCCAGCACCAGGCGGGACAUCUUCUCUCAGGAGUUCUGCGAGCGCUUCUCCAGGCUCCAUGUGAAGGUGCGCCCGCACUCCUGGGCCCACACCAAGCAGUGUCUCCGGAGGGCCUUCGGGGAGGACUGGAGGAGGGUUUUAAUGUUCGAAAGCAAAGAGCCGGUGGGUUCGGGAUGCGUGGCGCAGGUGUACAGAGGCUGGGCGAAGGCGGACCAGGUGGAGGACCCGGCCUUCCAGUCGCUGGUGGAGGAGAUGGAGAAAGAAGACUUGUUAGAGGCCUGGGAGAUCCCUGGUCUGGGAGGUGUGGCCAGGUCCCUGUGGCAGCGCUGGAGGGGGAGUAAGGAGGAGGAGGAGUUUGGGGAGAGAAGUCAAUCAGAAGGGAUGAGCGGUGCGGAGAAGGAGCAUCUGAUACCUGUGGCUAUCAAGGUGAUCCAUCCAGGCAUCAGGAGGCAGGUGGAAAUCGACCUACGGCUGAUGAAAACGGGGAGCUGGCUAGUGCAAUGCCUGCCGGGACUCAAGUGGCUCAGUCUGUAUGAGAUCGUAGAGGAGUUUGAGAAGCUCAUGAUCAGACAGAUUGAUCUCCGUUUUGAGGCCAAGAACAUCGAGCGUUUCCAGGAAAAUUUCCGCAAUGUGGAUUAUGUCAAGUUCCCGACCACUUUACGACCAUUUGUCACCAGGACCAUUUUAGUGGAAACUUUUGAGGAGAGCGUGCCCGUAUCAAACUACCUGAGCCCCGAGGUCCCUCUGGAGUUGAAGCAGAAAAUAGCCAGGAUGGGAAUGGAGACCAUGCUGAAGAUGGUUUUUGUGGACAACUUUGUCCAUGGGGAUCUCCAUCCCGGGAACAUCUUGGUCCACUGCUUGGGGCCUCCUCCUGGUUCCACUGACGGCGCUGGUAUGUCGGGGGAGGCCCACGGUAAGACCACCCUCACUGACUUGUGGGACACGGUGGUGGUCAGCGUCCGGCCAGAGAAGUGUCCACUCCAGCUGGUGCUGUUGGACGCCGGCAUCGUAGCCCAGCUCAGCGACCACGAUCUCUCUAACCUCAAGGCCGUCUUCACAGCUGUGGUGCUGCAUCAGGGUGAGCGAGUGGCGGAUUUGCUGCUGAAUCAUGCUCGGGCCAAUGAAUGCCGCGACGUGCCGCAGUUUAAGAAGGAGAUGGCCCAGCUGGUGGACGAUGCCCUCAGCAACACCCUCUCUCUGGGAAAGUUCCAAGUGGGUGAAUUGCUUUCCAGAGUUUUUGGUGUACUCAUCAAACACAAGGUGAAGCUGGAGAGUAAUUUUGCCUCCAUUGUGUUUGCCAUCAUGGUGCUGGAGGGUCUCGGCAGGUCACUGGAUCCAAACUUGGACAUCCUGGAUCUGGUCAAACCUCUGUUGCUAAAGAACUGUGCUUCACUGCUCUGACACGCACAUACAUUUACACACAGACAGAAGUCAAGCACAGUGAACCACACACAUACCUGGCACCUGUAAGCACACACUGGAACUGAGCUGUAUAUACCAUAUAGUGAAUUCUUAGAUAAGGUACAUGUGUACACUGUAGCCUCCUAAAGCUAUGAUGAUGGGUUGUCUUGAAGCGUACAAGAUUUUAUUGUGGAUCACAGCAUCACCACUACAUUUUAGCAGUGACCUCAUUAAGUUUUACACUUUCCUCACUGCUACCUUUUUAUUUUUUAAGUAGGACCAUUUAACUGACAUGAAAACAAAUUCCAGGCAUUUCUUACUUAGGCUAACGAACAUGAGGCAUUGUUUAUUGAGUGCUAAUGGACUCACAGAUGGCACAGAAAGCAUUUGUAGUGAUUGAAGAUAUUAAAAAAUACUUUUAUCAUUCCAUCCGUUAUUGGAUCUUAGAUAAUGUUGUCUAAGGGGCCAUACUUGCUUUAGCGUGAAUCACAAUCUACUGCAACAUUUACCAUGUGAAGCUAAUUGUACUCACAACUGACCCAUGUCUUUGAACCUUCCAUUAAAAUAGUGGAAACACUUGGCCUAUUUUUUUUAAAA